GAUGAUGUGAUCGACCAUGCAGUUACUGAUCAGCCUUGUCCUUGAAUGAUUAGCUGCAGGCGUAAGUCAGAACCCUCCAACACGUAUGCUCAUUCAUAAGGGUGCAUCGCGCUGCUGGUUUGUCUGUUUCACCUGAUCUCGCGGUGGCUCUGCUCUAGCCUGGUGGGAUUUGUCGGCGCAAAAUAGAGCACACAUAUGAUGGCCACCAUGAAGCCGAAAGAGGAAUACUGUGAUGGCCCGGAUACCAAAGCAGAAAGGACGCCGUCGGAUACAGAGUCACCAGUAGAAGAUCCGGAUCCAGCUCCCGGUGAAACCGAGGUUUACUCGACCUUCUCUCGUCGAACAAGAGCAUUGAUUGUCCUGAUAGCUUCGGUGGCCAGUGUUUUCUCCUCCUUGUCGGCAAACAUCUACUUGCCCGCAACUGACACUAUUGCCGACCAGUUCCACGUGAGCGACACCUUGAUAAACCUUACGUUGUCAACAUAUAUGAUCUUCCAAGGUCUCGCGCCCACUUUUUUUGGCGGGCUUGCCGACAAUGCAGGGCGGCGGCCAGCGUAUAUCCUUUGCUUCAUCGCGUAUAUCGCCGCCAACAUCGGGCUCGCCCUGCAGCGCAACUACGCCGCGCUGCUCGUUCUGAGAUGUCUCCAGAGUGCUGGCGGUAGCAGCACUAUUGCGCUCGCUAAUGCUAUUGUUGCUGACGUCGUCACUACCGCCGAGCGCGGCAAGUACAUUGGAUAUGUGUCGGCCGGCUUCAUCAUUGGCCCGUCGGUAGGGCCUAUAAUCGGGGGCCUUUUGACGCAGUUCCUAGGCUGGCCCUUCAUAUUCUGGUUGCUGGCAAUCCUUGCAAGUGCUUUCUUCAUCGUGCUAGUGCUUUUUCUUCCCGAAACUGCCCGUAAGGUUGUCGGCAAUGGCUCACGAUCUCCCCCAAUAUGGAACCUGUCGGGGCUACAGCUCUGUUCUCGACGUCAACGGGCCGAGGCUCAUUCCUCGGCGGGCAUUCAUCUUCGUUUCCCCAACCCGCUCAAGGCUCUCACCAUUAUUUUCCACAAAGAUGUUUUUCUGAUCCUUUUGGGAAAUGGUGUGGCUAUCGCAGGCUAUUUUGCUGUCACAGGUACCAUCACCUCGCAGUUCAGCCGCAUAUACGGCUUCAACGAGGUGCAGAUCGGUCUGUGCUAUCUUCCCCUUGGCGUGGGCAAUCUGAUCGCUGCAUAUACACAAGGUAAAAUAACAGACUGGAACUAUCGACGGCACGCAAGCAGCCAAGGCAUUGAUAUUUCCAGCAAUCGCCGACCUGACUUGGACAAAUUUGCCAUCGAACGCCCCCGUGCUGAAGUCGUCUUGCCGCAGGCAAUCGGGGAAGCAUUGAGCAUGAUUGCGUAUGGCUGGGUUUUGCACUACGAGACCAAUCUUGCAGGCCCACUCGUUCUCCUUCUUCUCAUUGGGUAUACUUCUGCAGCAGUAAUGAAUACCUUGAGUGCGUUGAUGGUUGAUAUCUACCCCGAGAGUCCGGCGAUGGCAACAGCUGCCAUGAAUCUCACACGAUGCUGGCUCGGAGCUGGCGCAGCUGCUGCAAUUCUUCCUAUGAUUGACGCCAUCGGUAACGGAUGGGCUUUUACUGUAAUUGGGUUCAUGUGUUUUGUGUGCGUGCCAGCGAUGGUAGUGGUCUGGCUUUGGGGUUAUGACUGGCGCAGACAGCGACAUUGACGGAAAGUCGUCUCUAGGAGGAUUAUCUUAGCCAUUGAGUUAUAUCAUCUAAUCUAACACAAGGGCGCUUCUUUGAUUGGCUAGUACGAUGUAGCAUGUAGCAUGUUGCAUGAGCGUCGGGGGCUGACACAAGC